AAAAAACAAAACAAAACAGAAACUCUAUCGUACUGUGCGUGGACGUGGUGGCUCUUCGCGACUGGAAUACUGCCGACCUGUACCUCCAGGGCGAGAGACACAUAUGGAGGGUGGCCUGAGUCUGCUUCGCAACGCCCGACCUUCCCUCCCCUCCGCUUCCUCCAAUAUUCAACCGAUACGGCAUCGUAUCAAGGCGGAAAUCCAAGAAAUCCGGGUUUGCACGAACCGGACAUGUCGCAGGCAAGGAUCCUUGCAGACCUUACAAACUCUCUCCGCUCUGGCUCCUCCCAACGUCUCCGUCAAUUCCUGCGGCUGCCUCGGCCGCUGUGGCACUGGCCCCAACCUCGCCGCCAUCCCGGAAGACGGCGGCGGGGUCAUUCUAGUCGGCCACUGUGGGACGCCGUCCCGAGCGGCCCAGGUAUUGGUGGGAUUAUUAUCUUUCGGUCUUGAUUCGGACGACGGUGAUGCCAAGACUAGCUUGGAAGCGCUUGCGCUGAGGAAGAGAGCAGAGAACGAGUCGGAUAUGGGAAAUUUGUCCCUGGCAGAGCAACUGCUCUCGCAGGCUAUACAAUUAAAACCGUUUGGUGGCAUCCAUGUUUUAUAUAAAGACAGGUCUAUUGCACGGUUGGCAUUGGGAAAUUAUUCUGGGGCUCUUGAAGAUGCCAGAGAAGCUUUGACACUUGCUCCACAGUACCCCGAGGCUUAUAUCUGCCAAGGUGAUGCUUUCUUGGCUAUGGACCAAUUUGAUUCAGCUGAGAAGUCAUAUUUAAUGUCUUUGCAGAUAGAUCCUUCACUUUGCCGUUCAAAAUCAUUUAAGGCUCGGAUUGCUAAGCUUGAGGAGAAACUUGCUGCUACUGAUAUGCCUUGAGAACUUUAAUGUGACUGAAGUCACUGUUGAAUCAAUGAAAAUAAUAACACACGGAAGUUAAGGUUCUGCUUUCCAGGAAGUUCUGAAAUUGUCUCAAUCCAAGACACUACCUAGCCUUUCUCAGCGAAGAUACAACUUCGAAUUAAAUAUGUUGGAGAUACUGUGAGUCCUGUGCAAGGAUCUGAGGAUGAUAAGAUUAACUUGUGUAAAAGGCUUAGUUAUGUAAUCUGGUAGACUUCAGUUUGAGGUGUUUUGAUGUACAUUAUGAUGCAGAGAUGAUGUUCACUAUUGACUUCAUAUCGUAAGAUGUUGAUGCAAAGACAAUUUUUUGUAAUUUGUUAUUGUGAAAAUUUUGGAGGAUGAGAAUUUGCAUUCUGGGUGAAGUUGUGAAUAUUCUCUUGCUAUGUAACAUCUUCCCAAUAAAAGUUGGGAAUGUUACUUAUCGA